GCCCCUCCCCGGGGCGAACUAUAGAGAGGAGGCGGUGAGCGAGGCACUUGGAGCGCCCAGGGCUCGGGAGCCGCCGGGAGUGGAGGGACUGGAGGGACUGGAGGGACUGGAGAGCUCUGAAGCCUGGGCCAGGAAGUGGCCUUCCAGGCACGGGGCAGGGUGCAAACGGGGAGACAGCCCGCCUCAGUUCGGGUCAGGCACACGCGAGAGGCAGCCCCGAGCGCAGUCCCAGAAGCCCCUGCGCCGCCCGGGUCCUGAAGGGCCGCCCGGUCUUCUGCCGCACGUGUCUUCAGCGAGAUGCCCAAAUCCAAGCGAGACAAGAAAGUUUCCUUAACAAAGACUGCUAAGAAAGGCUUGGAACUGAAGCAGAACCUGAUAGAAGAGCUGCGGAAAUGUGUGGACACCUACAAGUACCUCUUCAUCUUCUCUGUGGCCAACAUGAGGAACAGCAAGCUGAAGGACAUCCGGAAUGCCUGGAAACACAGCCGGAUGUUCUUUGGCAAAAACAAGGUGAUGAUGGUGGCCUUGGGUCGAAGCCCAUCUGAUGAAUACAAAGACAACCUACAUCAGGUCAGCAAGAAGUUGCGAGGUGAAGUUGGGCUCCUCUUUACCAACCGCACAAAGGAGGAGGUGAACGAGUGGUUCACAAAGUAUACAGAAAUGGAUUUUGCUCGAGCUGGAAACAAAGCAACUUUAACCGUGAGCCUGGAUCCAGGGCCCCUGAAGCAGUUUCCUCAUUCCAUGGAGCCACAGCUGAGGCAGCUGGGCCUGCCCACUGCACUCAAGAAAGGUGUGGUGACCCUGCUAUCUGACUAUGAAGUAUGCAAGGAGGGCGAUGUGCUGACUCCAGAGCAGGCUCGUGUCUUGAAGCUUUUUGGGUAUGAGAUGGCUGAAUUCAAAGUGACCAUCAAAUAUAUGUGGGAUGCCCAUUCGGGAAGAUUCCAGCAGAUGCUCGAUGACCUGCCUGAGAGCGCACCUGAGUCUGAGGGAGAGUCAGAGGAAGAGGAUGACAGCUGAUUGAUUGCAGGACCUGGGACUAAGGCUUUCUAGCAAGUUCUUCAUCUCCAUUGGACCGCAGGACUGCUGCCCCCUCUGGAGGGAGCAGCUAUCGAUUUGCUGUGGAUAAAGACAAGGGUGGGUGCUGGGGCAGGACUUUGUUUCUACAAAGAAUAAAAUUUUGUCCACAGGUUUUCCCUGUGGACAGCGAGAGACUUUU